AUGCGUUCCAUCGUAGCUAAGUGGAGGAGGCUUAACUAUAGAUCCCUACGUGAGUUUGAUACAAACACUUCCAUCAACUUAGAAUGUCUCUUCGGAGACUAUAGAAAAGAUAGAGAUAUCCCUAAACAAGUAGUCGACAAGUACAUUAAAGCACGCAUCUGUAAACUAUGGGAAAUGAUGAAGCAUUCCUUGCAUGGUGGACCAGUACCGUUUUAUCGUGUUGUAUUGCUCAUGGCAGUUGAUAAAGGGUAUACCCACGUUCUGGAACGUCUCAGGGAAUUGGGAUUCAUGGUGUUGGUAAUCUAUCCGCGCCAUUCCUCGAGCGCCUCUUGUGUCUACGCACCGCAUCUUUGCGAUGUCUUUGACAAGUUAUUCUACGAGAAUCGAUUUUAA